CAGUAUAGAUACUAAUAUUUCUUUAGCUGGCUUCUUCACCUCAGAGAAAACAGAAGAAGAGCAAGUGUUCAAAUUAGCAAUAGAAAAUAUCAAUUACGUGAAUCAAGAUAAAAACUAUCCUGAGGACAGCUUAAUUCUCGAGCCUUACGUGGAACAUGUUUUGUCUUUUGACAGCUAUAACACUAGCAGGAGAGUCUGUGACUUGGCAAGCCAGGGCAUUGGUGGAAUCUUUGGUCUUCACUCACCAGAGGCCAUAGGGAUCACUGAGUCAGUGUGUGAUGCGAUGGAUAUCCCGUUGAUCAAGACAUUUUGGGACACUCCUUCAAUGCCUUCUAAAUCAGUGAUUAAUAUCUAUCCUGAUCCUACAAUACUGUCUAAGGUUUUAGUAGAUGUGAUUAAAGAUAUGGAUUGGACUAGUUAUGCUAUCCUAUACGAUUCUGAUUUUGGUCUACUUCGCCUUCAAGAAUUGCUCAAAUCGCAUAAAAGAGCAUUUACAUCGGAAGGACAUGUUCCGUUUACUGUUUGGCAACUUGAACCAGAAGGAGAUGUCAGGCCUAUAUUAAAGCAGAUACAGAAAACUUCUGAGACACGUAUAGUAUUAGACUGUGCGACUGAAAGGAUCAUUGAUGUGCUGAAGCAAGCGAAACAAGUAAAAAUGCUCGGGGAUUACCACAGCUACGUUUUAACAUCUUUGGAUGCCCACACGCUCGACUAUUCUGAAUUAAAAUUGAGUACAACAAACAUUACUACCCUCCGUCUUGUGAAUCCUCAGCGCCAUUAUGUUCAAAGCACCGUCCAAGACUGGGUAUUUUUCCAUAAAGCCCUAUUAGAGGAUAAAGUGCCCAUAACAGCAGAUACGCUAAAAACAAACUCUGCAUUAAUGUUUGAUGCCAUUAAAGUAUAUUCUGAAGCUAUCCAGAGAUUAAGGAGAGGUAGCCUAGAAGAUGUGGAAGUGAUGCCAUUGCAAUGUUCUUGGCGAGAGAAAUGGCUCAACGGUUCUUCAAUAAUAAAUGAGAUUAAAAAAGUGAAAAUAGAAGGAAUGAGUGGAUCUAUUAAAUUUGAUGAAUCAGGCCAAAGGACAUUUUUUUCAAUAGAUAUAAUAGAACUUACCAAUGGUUUCAGAAAAAUUGGUACAUGGGAUACGGAAAGAGGGAUUACUUAUACCAGAACUGGAAGCGAAAUGCAGAAUGAAAUGUUUCAAAGUAUAAGCAAUAAAACAUUUUAUGUUGUUUCAAGACUAGGAGAACCUUACUUAACAGAAAUAGAUAAGAAUUUAGAAGGUAAUGCCCGCUUUGCUGGAUAUUCAAUGGAUCUCAUAGACGAAAUAGCUAAGGACCUGAAGUUCAGUUAUAAGUUCUAUUUAGCUCCUGAUGGUGAAUAUGGGUCGUUCAACAAAGAAACUAAGCAAUGGACUGGUCUGAUCAAGGAGCUAAGAGAAAGGCGAGCUGAUCUUGGCAUUUGUGAUUUAACGAUAACUUACGAAAGAAGGAGUGCAGUAGACUUCACCAUGCCUUUCAUGACUCUUGGAAUUAGUAUAUUGUACAGUAAACCAAUGAAGCAGCCACCAGAAUUAUUUUCAUUUCUUUCACCUUUUUCAGUGGACGUUUGGAUAUACAUGGCCACUGCGUAUUUAGGUGUUUCUCUUUUAUUAUACUUUCUUGCGAGAUGCACACCCGAUGAAUGGGAUAAUCCUCACCCGUGCAAUCCGGAUCCGACCGAGCUUGAGUGUAUCUUCUCACUCCAGAACUGCCUUUGGUUUUCUAUCGGGUCUCUUAUGGCCCAAGGCUGUGAUCUUUUACCAAAGGCACUUUCUACGAGGGUAGUAGCCGGAAUGUGGUGGUUCUUUGUACUUAUUAUGAUUUCCUCUUACACAGCCAACCUUGCAGCUUUUUUGACAAUGGACAGAAUGGAAGCAACAAUCGAAAAUGUAGAAGACCUUGCUAAUCAGAAUAAAAUAAAAUAUGGCUUGUUAAAAAAAGGUUCAUCAGCUAAUUUUUUUCAGAACAGCAAUGUUAGUCUCUACCAAAAAAUUUGGAGCCAGAUGGAGUCUGCCCAUCCCUCCGUUUUCACAAGUGACAAUGACGAAGGAGUAGAAAGAGUGUUGCGUGGCAAUAGAGGAUAUGCUUUCUUCAUGGAAUCGACAACUAUUGAGUAUCAAAAAGAAAAACAUUGCUCAUUAAUGCAAGUUGGUGGCCUUCUUGAUUCGAAAGGAUACGGGAUAGCAAUGCCUUUCAAUUCGCCUUACCGCAUUGCCAUCAGCGGUUCUGUCCUGAAAAUGCAGGAAUCAGGUAGACUCCAACAGCUGAAGGAUAAGUGGUGGAAAAAUCAGAAAGAUAAAUGCCCGGAAGAAGAUAAAAGCAAAGACUCGUCAGAACUGAGUAUAGCUCACGUCGGUGGAGUUUUCUUGGUAUUGCUCGUUGGUUGUGUUGUUGCCUUUUUCGUCUCUAUUUUAGAAUUUCUUUGGAAUGUCAGGAAAGUUGCUGUCACAGAGAAGUUAUCCCCUGCAGAAGCAUUUUUACUUGAGUUGAAAUUCGCAAUCCAGUGUUAUGGUACAACAAAACCAGUGUGGAAACGGAGGGAAGAUUCUGUGGUUGAUAAAGAUUUUGCUGAAAGUCGUGAAAUAGAAGAGGAUGAAGUAGAAGAAGAAGAAGAAGAAGACAGGGGUUUUUUUGGCGAUGAAAAUAUGGAAGAGGAAUAUAUACGAAUGAAUGGUUUUAAUAAAAAUAUCCGUGCAAUGAGCACUCAGUCCUAUUCAUAAUUUUUUUUUUAAAUGAGCUAUUUUUUAUCUGCUUAUAGGUAGGUACUAUAUAGAUAGAGGAACGAUAAAAACUUGCAUGUCUGUUUCACAUGAUUUUAAAAGAUACAAAAUAUAUAUAUAUAUAGAAAACUAAUAGCAUUGUUUAUAGACUUGGAAUUAUUAGUCCAGGG